GAGAAGAGCUAGAGAAAGGCGGGGAGGGAGGGUGGUCUGACCCGAAAGGGGCAGAUAAAGGCAGAGGGGCGGGCGAGCGAGGAGGGGCUGGGGGGGUGGUGCUAAGGGGGCGGGGCGCCCGACCCCCAGUUGCGCGGCUGCAGCUCUCUCAGCCCGGCUGGAAGUGAGCCGGGCUCGCCGACCGCUGGCCGAGCAGCCCCCCAAACCCGGCCGAAGCACUCCCACUUUCCAACUCCACGGUCCCCGCAGCGCGCGCGAGAUGCAGCCGGCUCGGGACGCAGGCCUCUCCUGCUGAUGAAAAGAAAGAGGAAAAAUGGACUACAGUCACCAGACUUCCCUAGUCCCAUGUGGACAAGAUAAAUACAUUUCCAAGAAUGAACUUCUCUUGCAUCUGAAGACCUACAACUUGUACUAUGAAGGCCAGAAUUUGCAGCUCCGACACCGUGAGGAAGAGGAUGAGUUCAUUGUGGAGGGGCUGCUGAACAUCUCCUGGGGGCUGCGCCGGCCCAUCCGUCUGCAGAUGCAGGAUGACAACGAACGCAUUCGACCCCCACCGUCCUCUUCCUCUUGGCACUCCGGCUGUAACCUGGGGGCUCAGGGCACCAUUCUGAAGCCCCUCACCAUGCCCAACAUUCAGAUCUCAGAGGUGGAUGCCCUGCCCGAGAGCGACCAGACGCCGAGCCCCACAGACUCCAGGGGCCUCAAGUCUCUGCCGGAAGACACCCCACAGUUGAUGCGCACACGUAGUGACGUUGGGGUACGUCGUCGUGGCAACGUGAGGACACCCAGUGACCAGCGGCGAAUCAGACGCCACCGCUUCUCCAUCAAUGGCCAUUUCUACAACCACAAGACGUCAGUGUUCACACCAGCCUAUGGCUCCAUUACCAAUGUCCGCAUCAACAGCACCAUGACCACUCCACAGGUCCUGAAGCUGCUGCUCAACAAAUUCAAGAUUGAGAACUCGGCGGAGGAGUUUGCUUUGUACGUGGUCCAUACCAGUGGCGAGAAACAGAAGCUGAAGAACACCGAUUACCCCCUGAUUGCCCGGAUCCUCCAGGGCCCAUGUGAGCAGGUCUCCAAAGUGUUCCUUAUGGAGAAGGACCAGGUGGAAGAAGUCACCUAUGACGUGGCUCAGUAUAUAAAGUUUGAGAUGCCUGUUCUUAAAAGCUUCAUUCAGAAGCUCCAAGAGGAAGAAGAUCGGGAAGUAAAGAAGCUGAUGCGCAAGUACACUGUGCUCCGGCUAAUGAUUCGGCAGAGGCUGGAGGAGAUAGCUGAGACCCCAGCAACAAUCUGAGCCACAAGAAGGAGGGGAUCCAGAUGCCGCGGGGGCUGCUGUUGACCUGAGAAGACCCACAGGAAGUGCUUUCCAUGGAAAUAUUUAAAUGCGAACCUUUCCAGCCCCCAAACCAUCUACCUGCUGCCCCGAGCAGGAUGGAGAAGCCAGCAGACAACUCCCCUUCCUUUCUUUCCCUCACAAGGACUUUCCAUUUUUGUUAUAAGGAGGACCUAAACUGUGUGUGUGUGUGUGUGUGUGCGCGCGCACACGCACGUGCAUGGUACACAUACACAUGCCCACCUGAUAUAUUCACACGCGGUUAAAUUCCAAGCAACCAGCACAAGUGCUAUGAGGCUAGCAGACUGCUGCUCGUGGGCAGAAAAAUCAGAGGAGUCACUGAUCUGAGGGGUUUUAGGCUGAAGAAAAGAUUUCUUGGAGUUCCUGCUGUGGCACAACAGGAUCAUCAGUGUCUUGGGAGCACUGGGAUGAGGGUUUGAUCCCUGGUUGGGCACAGUGGGUUAAGGAUCCGGCAUUCCUGCAGCUGUGGCUUAGGUCACAACUACCCCUUGAUCUGAUCCCUGGCCCAGGAACUCCAUGUGCUGUGGGGCAGCCAGAAAAAAAAAAAAAAAAAAAUUUCUCCUCUCAAGUAUCAGGGAGCAGCAUGUUUAGAAGGGGAAGGAGGCUUAGCAAACUCACCAUCUGGGAUAUUUAUGUGUUAAUAGACAUUCUCCCUGUAUGCCUGGAAGGAUCUGUGAAUGUGAGAUCCUUGGAAAUUAACAAACUAAUGAACAAACCAUGCCCUUGAGGCAGAUCUGAUGGAAAGAACAAGAUAAACCAUCAUUCGGGUAGAUGCAAUAAGCCCACAAGUUUUUACACUGGAAA